AUGAGAAUUGAGGUAGAUAUCGAGCUCAUCGUGCGGAACGAUGAGCUCGAUGGUGUAGCGAACGUGGGAAACAGCGGACAAGGCCCCUAUUCCCCCUGCUCCCUUGCAACGGCCAUCAUGUCUAAAGCCUUCGAUGAUAGCGCACAUGCACCUCCAUCGUAUGACACAAUUUCUAGUACGUCCGUAUCAGCAGACUCCGUCUGGUGCAAACGAUCGUUAUUUUCAUUCCUACAAUCCAAGCGAAAAUGUCGUGCCAUAGCUCUCUCUCGCAUCCGUGAAAUUGUCUCCUCUCCAUCAGGAAAACCCUCCUGGGCUAAAUUUGCAUAA